CACAUCUGUAGACAAACGCGCGCACGCGCGUUUUUCUUACACAAACUUGACGAAAACUUUAAUAAUUUACGAGAUAAGUCAUACAAAUAAAGUUAUAUUAAUAACUUAGUGACCAGUUAGUGUCAGUCUGUAAAUUUUAUUAAGUUAGUUACGAACUGAAGUGUUUGUUUUAUAAAUAAGAGGGAAUUUAAAUAAUUUCGUGGUGGAAUAACCAUUGUUUACUUCAGUAAGUCAUGGAGGCACACAUGGAAAACAACAAAAGUGUUCGAGUAUAUACGUUCAUAGAUGACAAUACAGAUAACGAAGAACGCCACGGGAACAAUUGGUGGAGGAAAAUAUGUUUGCGCUGCCACCAAGCGGACUCAACUCCUUCCUGGCGCCCAACGUGGUGGAACCGGCUGUGCCCGUAUCCUUACUUUUCAACUUACAGACAAACGGCACAACAGUUCUGCAUUAUAAUGUUCUUUUUACUCACAUGGGGCAUAUUUUACGUGGAAAUCGGAGCACCAGUCAGCUUUCAAGGAGAACUACUGAGUAUGAGCGUCCUAGUCAUUGCAGCGUACUUAAUCGGCUGGAUAUGGCUGAAGCUGACCACACUACCUGCUUUGAUCGGCAUGUUGCUGACUGGCAUUCUGUUCAGGAACCUUGGAUGGGUCACUAUGACAGAUGAAUACAGGAAACUCAAUCAGGACUUGAGGAAGGUUGCUCUAGUUAUAAUCUUAACUAGGGCAGGUUUGGGUCUCGAUGCUAACGUACUAAAGAAGCACUACGCCGCCGUUUUACAGCUAGGUCUUCUACCGUGGAUUGUGGAGUGCAUAGCUAUUGGUGUUACUACACAUUACCUCUUACAUUUGCCAUGGAUAUGGGGGUUUCUACUGGGAUCAAUGAUAGCCUCAGUCUCCCCAGCAGUGGUGGUGCCAUGUCUGUUUAGACUCAGAGAUGUGGGGUAUGGAGUUUCUAAAGGAAUACCCACUUUGGUACUCGCGGCCACAGCUAUAGACGACUCUAUAAGUGUAGCGAUAUUUGCUAUAAUAUUGAAUGCCAUGUUUUCUACUGGGUCCACCACCUACAACAUUAUAAAGGCUCCAUUAUCGAUAAUAGCCGGUAUCGUUCUGGGGUCCCUGUGGGGAACUCUAGCAUCAGUGGUUCCAGAAAAAGGAGACACCUACGUCGUGCCAUUGAGAUUUUUGUUUUUGCUUUUGGGGGGGCUUUUUUCACUAUUUAUUUCUGGGUACAUUGAAUGGAGUGGUGCAGGCCCACUUGCAAUAGUGUCAUCAGGUUUCGUAGCAGCAUUUUACUGGGAAAAGCAAGGAUGGCCCAUAAACAAACACCCUGUUAGCAACAUCUUUAGAAUUUUGUGGAUAUUCUUCGAGCCUAUUCUGUUUGCUUUUACCGGUGCUCAAAUAACGAUAAGCGAAUUGGACCCGCAACUCAUGCAAAUGGGGGCGAUAUGCUUGGUCUCUUGUUUGGUUUUACGGGUCAUAGCAACUUUCUUGGUGAGCUUCGGUUGUGGGCUCAACAACAAGGAAAAGUUGUUCAUCGGGCUGACGUGGAUGGCAAAAGCCACUGUACAAGCUGCUCUAGGACCCGCCGCCCUCUACUUGGUGAACAACGGUGGUUCUGCAGGAGGGUCUGUCAGGGAAGAGAAGCAACAUGCUGAGGCGUUGCUCGCUGUUAGCGUGCUCAGCGUGGUGAUAUCAGCGCCGCUGGGUGCCGUGCUGAUUGCCAUUACUGGGCCUAGGCUGCUGAAUAAGGAGCAAUCGCCCGAUAAAAAACUGGAAGAAAACAUAACUGCAAUUGAUGCUAUAAAUAAUUCCACUCAUUUAUGAGACCUACUUUCUUAGUUACUUAUUUCAAAAUUUAUUAAAAAAAAUGCUGUUGGAUACGCUUUCACAAAAACUGUGGGUCUAGACAAAGUGCAAAUUAUAAUCGCAAA